AUGAAGUGCACAUGCUCGGCUGUCGUGGCAGCAGCCCUUUUGGUGGGCUCUGUUUCUGCGCAGACAUUCAGGAGACUUGAAGCUUGCCCGACGCUUGGCUGCGUAUUCCCACCUGACCAGGCUGACUUCCUCGCUGGCCAAUUCUUCGACAUUCGACUUGAGGUGCACCAGCCCAUCAAUGGCUCCGAGGCCAUUGGACUACCUCUAGAUGAGCAGUUCACCUUUACUGUUGGAAAGAAGGGCGAAGAAGCAAAACCGGUGACCGAGUUCUUCGACCUCGAGGAGUCGAAACUCGAGAAAUGGAACUUCACCUAUUUUGAAGAUCUGUUCGCUCGCGACGCCAAAAAGCCUUCCGUGGUCAAUGUAGCCGCCAAGGCGUAUCGUCGUAUCGCCUUGUACGAGCCAGGAGAAUACACGGCGACAUUGCACUACAACAACGGGAGCAAGACCGAAGCCACAUGGAGUGUACGUGACCUUUCCGAGGAGCGCAAGGCUAAAAAUAUCAUUUUCUUCAUCGGAGAUGGCAUGUCAACCGCCUCUAUAACCGCGGCUCGUUCCCUUGGUCACAGGUCCAUCAACGGAAAAUUCCAAAGCACUUUGGCCAUGGACAAGUUUCCCAGGGUCUCCCAUUCAAUGACGCACAGCUUAUCGACUUUUAUCACUGAUUCUGCCAAUUCUGCGGCUGCUCUGAACACUGGGCACAAAAGCUCCGUCAACGCCUUGAACGUUUAUGGCGACUCGAGUAAAAACCCAUUUGACGACCCUAAAGUUGAAACGAUUGCUGAGAUUUUCCACCGUCUGACUGGUGGACAUAUCGGUAUCGUUUCUACUGCGUUCAUUGCUGAUGCUACUCCUGCUGCUCUGGUUGCUCAUACUCGCCUCCGAAACCAGUAUGGAGCCAUCGUUGACACCUUCCUCAAUGGGCUCCAGAACUACACCUGGACAAAGACCCCGAUCGAUGUGAUCUUCGGAGGUGGAGGCGAACAGUUUUAUCCUUCCGCGCUCGGUGGAGUCACCUACCAGGACAAGAAUUACUAUGAUGAGUUCGCGGCUCAGGGUUACCAGGUUGUGCACAACCGCACUAGUCUCAUGGCGGCCUCACCCGAAGAGAAGACCUUGGGCAUUUUCUCAACGUCCAACAUGGCCAAAUGGCUCGAUCGCAAUGUUUACCGCAAUAAUCUUAAUCAAACCCUUUCGCCAACUGGUGAUAAGAAGCCCGCUCUCGACCAACCCGGCCUCAAGGAGAUGACCCUCAAGGCCAUCGAUAUUCUGGAAAGCCGCUCCGGCGACAAGGGCUGGUUCCUCAUGUCUGAGGCUGCAAGCAUAGAUAAGAUGCUCCACGCCCUUGAUUCGUCCCGGGCUUUAGGAGAGUUGCUGGAGUUGGAUGAUACCGUGAAAGCCACCAUCGAGCAUCUCAACUCCACCAACUGCCUCAAAGACACCCUCAUCAUCGUCACCGCCGAUCACGGCCACGGCUUCGACGUUAUGGGAUCAGUCGACACGCAUUAUCUUGACGCGCAGGAGGAUGAUCGCAGGAAACGCGAUGCGAUUGGUGUCUAUGAGCAAUCUGGUCUCUCUGAAUACAUUAACACUGGAAACUUAACCUAUGGAGAUUCGCAUUUCCCCAGCAACUGGGAUCCUCGCUACACAUUCUACCAGGGUCUUACAGCUGCCCCGGAUCGUCAUGAGAACUUUAGGGUUACCAAGGACGGCCCCAGAAAGCCCGCUGUUGAGCUAGUGAAGGACAGCGACGAUUUCUACGCCAAUCCCAAAGACGGUAAGGGUGGCAUCUUGGUCAAUGGUACAUUGCCCGUGGAGAACGACCAGGGCGUCCACUCGCUUACCGAUGUACCCGUUUAUGCAAUGGGCCCCUGCGAAGAUCUGUUCCAAGGGACCUACAACAACAUUGAAAUCUUCUAUAAAAUGGCAGAGUGCUUCGGCCUUGGACGUGGGAAGCCAUCUGAGGAGAAGUAG